UUCUGCGGCGUGAGACUGUAGAUCAUCCUGCAGCGGGGGCUCUGCUGCUCCCACCAGCCCCACACGCCUGGGCAUCGCCGCCACCCAGCUCCGCCUUCUGCUCCCGGAGGGAACCUGAGUAUGAAUGAAACUGCCUCCGUGGCGGCAGGGAAACGAGCGAGAUGGGGAAGGUGAAGCGGCUAGCGGUUUGGCUGUGAAAGCAAUGCAGAGGCGUGCCUCCAGCAGAGCCUGUCUGUGGCCCUCUGCCUCUGCUGCCAGCCCUUGCCUGGAGGAGGUUGUGGUUUGACGUAAGAACAGAGACUCUUGGCCUGAUUUUCGUGGGGGGGUCUCUACUUACCCAUGGAGGGGAGAAAGUCAGCCCAAACCCCAGCCUUUGAUCUCAUCACGGCAGAUUCUGGAGCUGACAGGCACAGACUCGCCAAUGUUGUUUUUUUCUUUUUGCACUUUGGUGUAACUAACAAAACCGAACCUUGUAAAUCCAGUUUUUGAGCAUCAUCUUGGGUUUUUUAUGCUCCAGUUUUUACCAACAUUGAAGCAAAACAGCACAUGACAAACGUUUGAUUUGGUUGCUGUUAUUCUCUAUCUAGGCUGCACUGCCCACCAAUAGAUACACAACUUUCUCUGUCAUUGUUGACCUCCAGGAUUAUGAUUGCCUGGGGCUGCACUGCUAGGAUUUACCUUUUCAGUUUAAGGCCCCUCAGUGUAAGGAAAAACCUGGCUUGGAUAAGAUGGUGUAAGAAAUCUGGCAACUCCCCAUCUAGUGAUAAACACAGCUUGAUCAAAAUGCAAGCCUUAGCUCAGACCACCUUAGUGUGCUGGGGGAUCACGAAAGUGUCUGUUGUGAGAUGCCAGGAAGUAUCAAACCAAUGUGCAUCCUUAUUCCCUGAACCCGCCAAAGACAAACAACCUUCAGCUGGAUUUUUCUGGCAUCUUGGCAUUGCCCUUCGCCUGGGACUCCGGGCUUGUGUUCUCUUGUUGAAGUUUGGCCCUUUGCUUCUGCUUUAUCCUGUGACCUACCUGUCUUCAGGUUUUGCAGCCCUGUGGCUCCAUCUUCUGCUGAAGGCCACAGAGUCCUCAGGUCCCACUUAUAUCAAGCUGGGCCAGUGGGCAUGCACCAGGAGAGAUCUCUUCUCUGAAGAGUUCUGCAUCAAGUUUUCCAAGCUUCAUGUGAAGGUGACACCUCAUCCCUGGGUUUACACCAAACACUUCCUCAGGAGAGCAUUUGGGGAAGACUGGAAGAGAGUCCUCAAGUUUAAAAGCAAGGAACCCAUUGGCUCGGGCUGUGUUGCCCAGGUGUAUGAAGCUUAUGCUGAUGCCACUACCAUUGAUGACCCCCAGUUUGAGGAACUAGUGAAGAACUCUGAAACAGAAUCUGCUUUUGAAGCCUGGGAGGUGUCUGGUCUUAGGAGCUUCUUCAGGUGGCCCUGGAAAGGGAAGGCUGGAGAGAGUUUGGAAGACGGUAGUGCAGACCACUCACUUAAGGAAGAACAUUCCGAUGAAGGUAUUAAUAGAAAUGCUACCUCUGAGGGGCGAAUGUCUGGAUCUCAGCUAACUGCAAACACAUCAUCUAUUGACAGUUUAGAUGCGAUGGACCAUCUUAUUCCAGUAGCCAUUAAAGUCCUGCAUCCUGGACUAGUCCACCAGGUCCAGAUAGAUCUGCUUCUGAUGAAGAUGGGCAGCAAGAUCAUUGGGCUUUUCCCGGGGCUCCAGUGGCUCAGUCUGACUGAAAUAGUGGAGGAAUUUGAGAAGCUCAUGACUCAACAGCUUGACCUACGCUAUGAAGCCAGAAACUUGGAGCGCUUCCAGAAAAAUUUCCUGGAUGUAGAUUUUGUGAAAUUCCCAACUCCACUUCGCCCCUUUGUAACAAGAAACAUCCUGGUGGAAACGUUUGAGGAGAGUCAGCCCAUAUCCCAGUAUCUGCACGUGGACAUUUCCUCAGAGCUCAAGAAGAGACUGGCCAAGAUGGGCAUAGACAUGCUCCUAAAGAUGGUAUUUGUUGAUAAUUUUGUCCAUGCUGACCUGCACCCUGGGAACAUCUUGGUCCAGGGCACUGCCCAUUUCAGCAUUGGCUGCAAGGAUCAAACCUCCAUUGUGGACAUGUGUGACACGUUGAUCGUGGAAGUGUGGCCGUCCCCCUGCCCGCUCCGUCUGAUGCUGCUGGAUGCAGGGAUUGUGGCAGAGCUGCAGGGAGCUGACCUUCAGAACUUCAAGUCAGUCUUCACGGCUGUGGUACAGGGACAGGGGGAGAGAGUGGCAGAACUGAUCCUUCAUCACGCCAGGGCUAACCAGUGCAAGGACAUAGAGAGAUUCAAAGUUGAAAUGGCAGAGCUAGUGACCAAGGCCAGGAUGAACACUGUAGCACUGGGAAAGCUUCAAGUAGCGAAUCUGCUCUCCAGUGUCUUUAAGUUACUGAUCACCCACAAGGUGAAGCUGGAGAGUAACUUUGCCUCCGUUAUCUUUGCCAUCAUGGUUUUGGAAGGGCUUGCCCGUUCGUUGGACCCCGAACUGGACAUCUUGGAGGCAGCUAAACCACUUCUCAUCAGAACCACCGCUUCUCCCCUAGAGUAGCAGCAGCCACUGAUGUUUGUCUUGCAUUGCUGGGCUCUUUGGCA